AUGGGUAUAGACAAUAAUGCCACAGUCGACAUCGAUUCCAAGGUCAGUCUCCCAAAACCGAAAGCGAUAAAUGACCCAAGUUCAAUUUUCCUUCCUCAGGUCAUCAUCGCCUUCUGCGUGGCCUCGGGACUGGUCAGCUGCGCAGUGGUCAGCGCCACGCCCUGGGUCAGACGGCCCAUGUCGCCCACGGUCAGGCUGUCGCUGUCUCUCGCCGCUGCUAACACGGUCUUCGCUGCGUCCGUGUCUGUCGCGUUGGUGGUCAACUCGUACCUUCCUUCUGUGCACAACAUCUCGACGGGGAUGUGCGUGCGCCUGACGCUGGAGGCUGUGAGGAUGGGGAGCAUCCUGGUGCAGAUCCUUCACCUGCUGGUCGUGGCACUCAAUCACUACAUUGGCACUCUCCGCCCGCUACACUACGCUGCCACGAUGACGCCCUCUAUCCUAAAGGUCAUCCUAGUGGCACUCUGGAUCAUUCCCAGAGAUCAGAUAAGACUUAAUGUUAUAUCCUUGAGAAUGGUUGGCAUGAUCGUGGCCUUUGCUUCCAUCCCAGGGCAAGGCUACCAGUCAGAGGGUUGCCAGUACAACCAUUUUUACAUCAGUGGGAUAACGUUCCGGAUAGUCUGGACAGCUCUCUUCUUCGGCCCAACGCUCCUUAUCAUCAUAGUUUACUGCCACAUCUUCCACCUGCUCAAGCACAGAGGACCUCACCUGGUCAGCGCCGAACAGAGGAACCAAUUAAGGAGGAACAUCAAGACGGUGAGGACGACGGCACUAAUCGUGGGCACCUUCGUCAUCGGAUGGAGCCCCGCUGUGGUCAAAUUCAUCCUAGUUUGUGAAGAGUGUGUCAUUCAUCCUCAUGAUGUGGACGAGAGUGUGAACAUCGCCAUGGGAGCCACGGUCAACGUCAUCUACUGCCUGAAGGUAUUCACCGACACCUUCAUCUACGCCCUGCGGUUGAGAGACAUUCGGAAGGCGCUGCAGACGAUGUGGGCGCUGACGAAGAUCCGGAUCCUGUUCGGCGGUGAAGGCCGGAUGCCGGUCAGGAACAACACGACAAGGUCCUCCCGCCUCUCGUACACGGCGUCCACCAGGAUCUCGCUCAACUCGCCCGCUCAGCACAGGUUCACCUCCCGCCGCCACGUGCCAGCGAGCCCGAUGGGCGGCUGCCAAACCACGCUCGAGAUCCCGGCCUACCUGAACAACCACAGUGGCUGCGGCUCGCCCUGCCUCAAGGCCAAGGUGGAGGAGACGUCGCUCGACCCCAUCGUCGAGGACGACCGCCCAUGA